AUGAAGUUGCAAUGGGCUAAACUUCUGUUUGGGGCGUCCAUUGGAGGUGUGAAUGCUGUGAGCACAUUCAUGCAGGAGGCGAUGUAUGGAGAGCGUGUCUCUGGUUACGGUCCAGUUGAUGAGCCAUUGUGGAAACCUUCUUUCAACGAUGAAUCGCCUCCGUAUCAGGGUCUUCGCAUUUCUCGCUCAGAUUGGAGCUUGACUUGCAGCAGCUCGAGGAACAAUUACCCUUGCGAGAAUAUCAUCGAUGGGACUAAUACCAGUUCCUGGCGAAGCAACCCCGACCCAAAGGGACAUAACAUCAUAGUCGACCUGAAAAGGCACUUCACCGUCAGCGCCCUUGUUGUCUUGCCUCCAAUUGACACAGACACCGACGGGUUGAUCACCCAGCAUGAAAUCUAUGUCAGCACCAACAACAAAGACUGGAAGGGUCCGGUCGCAUACGGAAUGUGGCCUACAACGAACAGACAGCGAUUGGCUGCUUUUGAGCCCAUUACUGCCCGUUAUGUAAAGCUCAACACUAGCUCUGAAGCCACGGAGUCAUCCUGGAUUGGAAUCUCUGAGCUUAACAUUUAUGCGACGCAAUACACUAUUCCCCAAGAUCCGAAACUUGGUGUCUGGGGUCCAACCCUCAAUUUCCCGAUCGUGCCUGUUUCUGGUGCCCAAGAGGCCUCCGGUAACAUUUUGCUGUGGUCGUCUUGGGAUGAUGACCAAUUCCACUCCACCCCAGGUGGUAAAACAGUCAUGACCCAGUGGAACCCGCUGAGCAAUGAAGUCUCCAAACGCACUGUCUCCAAUACCCAGCAUGACAUGUUCUGCCCUGGCAUUGCCAUUGAUGGUACUGGCAUGAUCGUUGUGACCGGCGGUAAUGAUGCCUCCCAGACCAGCCUUUACGAUCAGGCCAAAGAUGCUUGGGUACUAGGCCCCGCGAUGGCGCUUCGACGUGGAUAUCAGGCAUCUACAACCCUCUCUGAUGGGCGCGUUUUUGUCAUCGGCGGCUCUUGGGCCGGUGGCUCAAACUUUCCAAAGGAUGGAGAAGUCUACGACCCUCUCACCAGAAACUGGACUCUUCUUCCCGGUGCUAAAGUCAAGCCCAUGCUGACGCAAGAUAUGGAGGGACCUUGGAGAGCUGAUAACCAUGGCUGGCUCUUCGGGUGGAAGAAGCAGAGCGUCUUCCAAGCUGGUCCUAGCAAGCAAAUGAACUGGUACUUCAUGAGUGGGGAUGGCAGUGUGAAGGGAGCUGGAAACCGCUUGGAUGACGAUGAUUCUAUGUCUGGCAACGCCGUCAUGUUUGACGCCGUGGCCGGUAAGAUUCUUACCUUUGGAGGCUCGGAGGACUACGACAAGUCCUGGGCCACAAACCACGCGCACGUUAUUACCCUCGGCGAGCCAGGAACUAAGCCGGACGUGAAGCCUGCUGGUGAAGAGGGAACUAUGCACAAAGAGCGUGUUUUCCACACCUCUGUCGUUCUUCCGGACGGGAAGGUCUUCAUUGCGGGAGGUCAGACUUUUGGCGUUGCUUUCAACGAGGAGAACGUUCAGUUUGCGCCAGAGCUGUACGAUCCGGAAACCAACAAAUUUACUGAGUUGACCGAGAACAACAUCGUUCGUGUCUACCAUACUGUGUCGCUUCUGCUCCCUGAUGGCCGGGUCCUCACUGGCGGUGGCGGACUUUGCGGCAACUGCUCUGCCAAUCACUACGAUGGUCAGAUCUUCACGCCGCCGUAUCUCCUGACUGACAAGGGUGAGCCUCGUCCUCGACCCGAAAUCACAGAAAGAUUACCUCGCGCUAUCCUGGUUGGAAAGAAUGUCUUCUUCUCUGCCAACGGCGAUAUCCGGUCUGCAUCCCUAGUCCGUCUCGGUAGUGCCACGCAUACUGUCAACACUGACCAGCGUCGUGUUCCUCUUACUCUCAAGCGCAACACACUCCUCCGAAAGUGGUCGGUCGCUAUCCCCAAUGAUCCAGGUAUUGUAAUCCCUGGAUAUUGGAUGCUGUUCGUCAUGGAUGCAGAUGGAACACCUAGUGUUGCAAAGACGAUUUUAAUCACGUCUUCUGAAAAGGCUCUUGAAGAGAAUGAAUGUGAGCAAGGAUUCCUUAGAAUGUUUUGGGAAAGUUGGAAGCCAACACUGACUUGGCAGCUCCUUCUGGGAUAA